GCUGGGGAUGCCGCCGCCGCCGCCGCGGAGGGGGAGACACUCGGGGGGAGCCAGUGACGUCGGGAGUUUUCCUGAAAGUCAAUAACGAGCCCGGCGGAGGCGGCGGGAGGAGCCGAGAGCGGGGCCCGGGCGGCUCCGGGGUGAGUGCGCCGGGGGGAGCCGCCGCCGCCGCCCUCCUGACCCCGCGCAUCGAUGCUGCGGCCGCGCUGCCCGCCCGGGCGCCUCCCUGCGUAGCGGGGCGCGCAGCUCCAUGUAGCCGCCGCCGCCAGCGCCCUGGGGCCGGAGCCGCCUCCUCCCGCCCUCGCGGAGACACCGGCCGCCAGGGACCGCCGAGCCCGGCGGGGGGACAGGGGAGGAGGCAGCGGCGCCCUCCCUCCCCUUCUCCCCGUGGAGCCGCCGUCGCCUUCCGGCUCCGCAGCAGCGCCCGCGGCGCCGCCGCCUCUGCAGGCUGACUCAUCAGUAGAAAUUGGGAAGAGCUGCAGAAGAGAAGCCAAACAGACAAGCUGAUAACUCAAAGAAAUACUCUUUUGAGUUGGGGGUUCAGAGUGGAGCCAUCAUGAGCGAUGUUACCAUUGUGAAGGAAGGCUGGGUUCAGAAGAGGGACAAUACCCGCUCAGAUGUGACAGCAUUUGUGACAUCACCAGUACAGACUUUCACAAGGAUUUUGAAGUCAGUGUUGAGAAUAUAUAAAAAACUGGCGGCCAAGAUAUUUCCUGCUAAAGACAGAUGGCUCUUUCAUAGGCUAUAAGGAGAAGCCCCAGGAUGUGGAUCUGCCAUAUCCACUCAACAACUUUUCAGUGGCAAAAUGUCAACUAAUGAAAACAGAGCGACCAAAGCCAAACACAUUCAUUAUCAGAUGUCUUCAGUGGACCACUGUCAUAGAGAGGACGUUCCAUGUAGACACUCCGGAGGAACGGGAAGAAUGGACAGAAGCAAUCCAGGCUGUAGCAGACAGACUUCAGAGGCAAGAAGAGGAGAGGAUGAACUGUAGUCCAACUUCACAGAUAGACAAUAUAGGAGAAGAAGAGAUGGAUGCGUCAACAACCCAUCAUAAAAGAAAGACAAUGAAUGAUUUUGACUAUUUAAAACUACUGGGCAAAGGCACGUUUGGCAAAGUUAUCCUGGUCCGAGAGAAGGCUAGUGGGAAAUACUAUGCUAUGAAGAUUUUGAAAAAAGAAGUCAUUAUUGCAAAGGAUGAAGUGGCUCACACGCUUACAGAAAGCAGAGUAUUGAAAAACACCAGACACCCUUUUUUAACAUCCUUGAAAUAUUCCUUCCAGACAAAGGAUCGUUUGUGUUUUGUGAUGGAGUAUGUUAACGGAGGAGAGCUGUUUUUCCAUUUGUCGAGAGAACGGGUGUUCUCAGAGGACCGCACACGCUUCUAUGGUGCAGAAAUUGUCUCUGCCCUGGACUAUCUGCAUUCUGGGAAGAUUGUGUACCGUGAUCUCAAGUUAGAAAAUCUAAUGUUGGAUAAAGAUGGACACAUAAAAAUUACAGAUUUUGGACUUUGCAAAGAAGGAAUCACAGACGCAGCAACUAUGAAAACAUUCUGUGGUACUCCAGAAUACCUGGCACCCGAGGUGUUAGAAGAUAAUGACUAUGGUCGUGCAGUGGACUGGUGGGGAUUAGGAGUUGUCAUGUAUGAAAUGAUGUGUGGAAGAUUACCGUUCUACAACCAAGAUCAUGAGAAACUAUUUGAACUGAUACUAAUGGAGGACAUAAAAUUUCCUCGAACUCUGUCUGCAGAUGCAAAAUCAUUACUAUCAGGCCUACUGAUAAAGGAUCCAAAUAAGCGACUCGGUGGAGGCCCAGAUGAUGCAAAAGAAAUCAUGCGUCAUAGUUUCUUUGCUGGAGUAAACUGGCAAGAUGUAUAUGAUAAAAAGCUUGUACCUCCUUUUAAGCCUCAAGUGACAUCUGAGACAGAUACCAGGUAUUUUGAUGAAGAAUUUACAGCUCAGACUAUUACAAUAACGCCGCCUGAAAAAUAUGACGAGGAUGGUAUGGACUGCAUGGACAAUGAGAGGCGGCCGCAUUUCCCCCAGUUUUCCUACUCUGCAAGUGGACGAGAAUAACUUUUUUGUUCUGCUGCUUCACUGUCAUCUUAAGUUUAUCACUGAAAUUGAUUCCUGAGCAUCACCACCAGUACUAGAUACUAUUUAAGGUAGCAGGGGCACUUUCAGAGACCGUUCCAAAUUGAACAAGUUCCUUUCCCAAACGUACCCAAAGUCCAUUUUGGUUUUGCAUGAAAUACAAGACCUUUCUCUACUCCGCUCUCCCGCUGUUGCUGCUGCCCACAGUCUCAGUAUAAUAGCAACGUCAAGAAGUUACUAACAGUUUCUUUGGAGGUAGAUGACUUGACUUCAGCACUGUACACUUUGUGUGCAAGUAGUCAUCUAUUUUUCCUCACAGUGGAGGCUAAACAAAAAAAAAAAAAAAAAGUGUUGGUCCAGCUUAUCUUCUUCUAGAAGAGGAAUCGAAAUUGUCAUUAGUCUAAAAAGACUAGUCAGUAACGUUUUCUUGCACCUGUUUGUGCUGGUUAGAACAAGGAAACAUCGGGGUGGUGAUGUACAUAUGCAAGGUUUUUGUUAGGCAUAUCAUUACUUGAAGCAGGUCUCUGUCAUUAACAUCGGGCUGGAAUUUGUUUGGGAAACAUUUGAGAGGAGGACUUAAACUGUUGAUAUAUAUAAAUAUAUAUAUAUAUUAUUUUUUAAUUACUGUUGGAUACUACAGAAGAAGCAGAAGGGCUGGGCUCACCCAGCCUGCCACUUAGAACUUCCAGGUUCACGUGCAAUCAUGGAGAACUGAACAUUAUACAUGCAAGAAAUGAAGGCAUAAAAGCAGCAGUUGAAGUUGUUUAAGGGGUCUUAUAAUUUGCACCAGAUAACAUCUUUCUCAUGCUUUUCUUUUUCUUUCGUGAUAUACAUCACCUCUGAUGGCUGAAGAAUGUAGACAGGCAUAACGGUAUUGCUUUUCACCAAAACGUGUGCACCAAGGUAAACAGGUGUUUGCCUUACUCGUUUUUAUUUUGAGUUUGUGAAUUAGCUUUUUCUCCAGGUGUUUAACUCUGAAUAUUCUUUUUUUUUUUUUUUUUUUUUUUUUUUAAUUUGGUUUUACUGCGGUAGUAUUUAUUUUUAGAGAUAAGGAUUGUAUGUGUCAUGUUUGCAAAUGCUGCUACAUCUUAGAUAGAACAGGCUUAUAGCAGUUAAUUUUGUAAUAUAUGGAAGGACUGUACAAGCUGAAGGGAAUAAUGCACUUUUCUCCCAUGUGGAAAUUUUCACAAGGCUCUGAAAUUGUACAUACUGCUUAGAAACAGAUUUUUGUGAAUGAAAUUUUAAUUGUCUUUUAAUUGUUUGGCAGCGGAGGUGAGGUAUUCCAACCUCAUGUGCCAAAGGGUUAAAAACAAACAGACAAAAAAACUCCAUCUUGUGCUCCAUUGAGGAUAAACUUAUAAUGUAAGAGCCUGACAGCACGACAGAAAAUUUCUGUUCUAUAUGAAGGAAUUGCAUUUGAACAACGAGACCACAGUGAUUACAAGAAAAGCACUUUAUUUUAAUAAUGAAAAUAGGAAUUUUGUGGGAUCGGCCAUUCUCAACCAAAAGAGUCCCGAGAGCCAGCAUGUCCCAUGUAACCGUGGUACCUGACCGAACUCCAGACACCGCGAGAAACGCUCCACUGGCAGGAAAAUGUCUUUCCGUUCCCGAAGAUCUGUAUCUAACAGAACACGUGCAUCCACUUCAGCUUUGAUCUUCAGCAAUGAUAAUCUUAAUAAUAAACCCCUUUGGUGCUAGGAGUCGGGACGUUGCGCAGCGCAGCGGUAGCGCGCACGUGCCCUUGCUGACGGCAUCUGGCCCCCCCUGCUCCGCCCCCCCCCCCCCCCCCCCCCCCGGCUCCAGGUGGGUUGUCAUUCCAAGGGUCUCUGCGUUCGGAGCCCACGGGAUCGCAGAGUGUCCCCGGGCGCGUUGUGUGAGCGGGGAGGUGAGCGGAGUUCCCUCCCCAGGUGCCUCAGCCUCUUGCCGAGGGGCCGGCGGGCGGUUUAGCAAGAGGCGGCUGAAGCCGCGGGCUGAGUUCGACAAUUUUUUCGCGGUUCGUCUUGUAUCUGUCGGAACGGAUGGGUAAUCAGUCAGAAAUAGAUGGGGGUGUACAUCCUAGCUAGGUAGGAUCUCAUUCUGUCCCCUUGGAACACUAGACACGUGUAGAGAUCAUCCCUCUAGGGAGCGAGAGGAGCCGCGGCAGGCGCCGGUAGCGGAGAGGUGGCCACGGCGACACAGCGAGCGCGUGACCGACAUAACCGAGUUCCUACUAGACGGGCAUUAAUUAAUUCUCCGCAAAGGCCUCGCGCUUACUAAACCUAUGGUGAUUGGAAAUCUGUGUUAUAUUGCCUGUGGUUUUUCCCCCGUGUUUUCAGCUUGUACCAGCAAUAAGCCCCCCGACCCAGGGCACCUCUGGCGAACGGCCAAGCGGGGCCGUGCCCCCGGCCAGCCGCCCCGCGGGGGCAGAACCAACCCCGCCGUUGGCUCCCCAUCGCGUAGCUAGUAGUUAGCAUGCGGUUUGCGGUAAAUACCUGUCAGCGAAUCAGUUGAAAACCUUCUAAGGCUUCCCUUUGCAUCGCGCUGUCGGCCUGCCAGAACAUCAGAGACGGAGUUUGUGCUACAGAGAGACUCGGCAGCCGCUUCGCGCUGCCCGGGGUCGGGGGAGUGCGUCUCUUGCCAGACGUCAGAGGCGGGUGAAAGCGAAAUGGGCAGGCGGUGCCGAGAGGAACUUUUGAAGCUCUUCUUUUGCUGUUGGCGGUUGCGGUUGGGUUGGGAGAGGAGGUGGUGGCUGGCCACCUUGGCGAGCCUUCCGAGCACAGCACCUUGCAGAGUUUGGCUCCAGCUUGUACUGACUUCCACGGCACAGAGUUAUGCCCUCUCGUACUGCAGCCAUCGCGGAGGAAAUCGGUCAUUUCUGUUUGGAUUUUGGCAGUUUUGCACACAGCUUCGCUUCCCACACUAACCCAUCUUCCAGCACAUUCCUGUUGCUUAAAGAACAUUUAUCCCAGUAUUGUUUUACGUUCUUCUCCAUCUUUACUCGCGGCUUCUUAAAGCUGACUGUUCUUGCAGGGGCCAUGUGCUUCUCCUAGAGUACAAAAGUAAGGUCUUUCCUUACUAACUGCAGGGUCUAUAUAUUACACCUCAAUGUACACACUUUGCUGCUACUGUUUGUACUGUCUACAGUAGAAUUUCCUUAUCUUGCUCCUGGUAGUGCAUUACAGGCAAGCAUGAAAUGUAAAGUAUUUAUUUAAAUAAAAACCUCUAAAUUGGUAAUUGAAUUACCUCCCUGUAGCUUUAGAGUUUGUGACAUUUCUUGACCUUGCUAGUUCUUUCAUUAGAUCCAUGCAAGAUCUAGUCAUAUGGUUAAGGAUAUUAAGCAGACACGACUAUGAACCCAAGAAACCGUAUUACUGUUGGUCAUACUUAAACCGUUUAUUUCCUUAAGUAUAUGACCCACAAGGAUGUGAAAUAACUACAAGAAACUGUUUUUGUACACUGUACAUCCUUAGUAUUUUUACACGUAUAUGAUAGGGAUGCACAUUAUUUUCCUUCGUACAGACAGCUUAAAUAAAGCACUAUGUCAAUCUGCUA